CUCUCAAUCUCAAUAAUACUCUCUCUCCGUCUAUCUCUAUAUCCCACUUAAUAUCACAAUGGGCCUCAUCAAAACUGGUGUUAUGCUGGCUGGUGCCUACGGUCUCAUCAAGACCAGCUCCAAAGCUGCCAACGACUACCAAGAAAAGAAGAACCAACAAUCUCAUCAAUGCACCUGCCAUCACGACCACCGAUCCAACAACUAUGCUCCUCCCAGUCACCCUCCCCCCGGCUACCAUGAGCCUUACGGAUACAACAACCACUCGCAACGACACUACGAGCCAUCAUAUUAUUCGGGCUCAAAGCAAUAGUCGUGUUUAUUAGGCAAGGAGUUGACAUGGGAUGGGAUUAUAUUGCAUCAGCGUUUACAUUACUGGGUUCACAUUGUUUCUGUCGAGAUGUCAUUCAGCGUGAAAAACCACCUUUCAUUCUAAAUCAUUCUAAACUUACAUUCCUCCUAUUUAAAGUAUAUUUACUAUUAAAUCGCUUCAUGGCCAUGUGUUUCAAAAGGCAGUCCAAUGCAAAUCACUCCAAC